AUGGCGACUAAAAACGAAUCAGGCCGUAAGCUGGCCCUUGUAAUUGGUAUUGGUAAAUAUGAACAUUGUGAGGAAUUACAAAAUCCAGAAAAUGAUGCGAAUGAUAUGUCAUCUAUACUGGAGAGUAUUGAUUUUAUUGUUACAAAGAAACUACAUCUAAAACGUGCUGAGAUGCAACACGUUCUAAUUGAUUUCGAAAACUCAAUAGAACCAGGCGACAUGGUCCUAUUUUAUUUUGCUGGACAUGGUGUACAAUGGGAAGAUCAAAAUUAUUUGAUACUCACAGACACACCAAAUUUGGAUGGUGCAGCUUUAAACAAGAGUGCGAUCAAUGCACAAAAUAUUCUUGACACUUUAAGUGAUCGCAAUCCAUACGUAACAAUAUUCUUAUUGGAUUGUUGUAGAAAGUAUCACUUACGUAAUCCUCAGGUAAAUGCACGUGAUCCAGAUGCAAGCGAACCAAAAUCAAUAGGCCUCAAAGCCAUGCAGAAGGCUGGUUCAUUGAUUGCAUUUGCUUGUGCACCUGGAACUAUAGCCAUUGAAGGAAAAGGAGAAAGAAAUGGUUUAUUCACCAAGCAUCUUUUAAAAAACAUUAAAACUGCGAAUGAAGACAUCCAAAUGAUAUUACGUGAUGUUACCAAUGGAGUAAUACAGGAAUCAGAAUCAAAACAAAUCCCAUUUGUGACUGCUGCAUUAUUAAAGAGAGAUAUAUAUUUAUAUAGUCAACAAACAAAGCGGCCGCAUAAACCAGGUAAAUAUGAUAGUGAAUUCUACUGCUCUUGUUUAAAAAAUAGUACAUGA